CCAAUUGCACGCAUGCGUAUACGUAGAGCGUUUGCGUGCAGCAGAACUGGUGUAAAUAUGGCGUCACAAGAGGACGAUAACAAAAUAGAGUGUAUUUCAAACGUAAACAAACAGCAAGAAAGAUACUUCUUAAACGUUUAUAAGAAACACGAAUACAUUUUAAAUAGUAAAAAUGAAACAUUUGAAAAUAAAAUUGAAUCUCUAAUAGAUGUGUGGAAAAGUGUUGGAGAAUUAAACUUAUCACAGUUUGAUCUUCGGCAUGUUAUUCAAAUUAUGGAUUGGGCAAAACUACAUGCUUUAAACAUUGUUCUUACUGCUGAGUGGAAUGGUUUUAAAGCAACGUACCAGCCAAAGCUAUUAGAUGAAAUCGAAAAAGCUCAAAAUGAACUCCUUAAACUAAAUAGUGCGUUUGCAACGCGUUGUAAAAAAUUAGCAGAUGUAGUAAAAAACCCUUGGGAGGAUCCAGUUUUAAUGAAACUUAUGAAAACAAAAGAUGCAGAAAUCAGUACAGAAGAAAUAGAAUUUUUUUGUGUGGAAACAGCCUACCUGGUAUCAGUAAGAUUGAAAAAACUAUGUGAAUCGCAUUGUGAAGAUUUAGCGCUAAAUUUAGUUACGGCAUUUAUGAAUUGUAAUAAGUUAUCAAAAACGCAGAAUUUCAGCCUCAAUGCUACAGAAACUCAGAUGUGGUUCAUUUUUGAUAUUUACAUUGCGUUAUUGUACAAAUUUCAGGAAAAGCAAAAAAUCGUUAUCUUGUUAAAGGAACUGUCUUUUGAUGAGGGCCUCCAGCUGGUAAAGAGAUUCGCGAAAAAGCGUGUAAAAAUAUCAAAAAUUUGGAAAAACUGUCAUCGAAUAGCGAUCUUAGCGGGACAAUUGUAUAUUUCGCAAGCUGUGGUUAAAUACACUGAAGAUAUGAAGGAUUUUCUAGAAAACUAUAUUGAAAUUUAUAUUUCUCUGUGCAAUAAUGAAGCACUAUUGCAUGAUUUUUCAACAUCGAUCAGAAGAAUAAGCAAUUUAGCUGAUGCCGCUGGACUAUAUAUUUUUUGUGCUGUUAUUCAAAGAAAAGCUGGUACUCCACUGAAACCGUUGGUAAUUGAGAUGUACAUACGAGCGCUAACGACUGAUAUGAAUGAACUGGAACGUCAAAAAGAUGCAAACGAAUUAGAAAAGGCGUCCGCUACUACAUCGAGAUUGGCAGAUGCCUUUUGCAAUCUAGCCGACUUUCUAGAUGAACAUGUUAAAGUAGCGAGAGAAUGUGUUUUAACUGCUUUUAGUUUAGAACCAACUAAGGACCGUCUAGAAUGUAUUGAGAAUUUAGCGAAAAGAAGUGGGUUCCAAUUACUGGACACCGGCCAGGAGUGGAAGUGUAAAUUACAUCCACCUACCUCACAGUCUGAUGAAAUUACUUGGGUGUGUCCAGAAUGUGGGGAUUGGAUGUCAAAGCCUGAGUUUAAUGUACCUAUCAAAAUUAAUAUGGCUCUUAACGAAGCUUUACAAAAUUCUGUACUAGGCAUUUCUGAAUCUUUGUGUGAUGAUCUUGUUGUAUGCCUAUCAAAUCCUAGAUAUCAGAUAUUAAGUUGGUUUUUGCCUUGGGAUGAUUUGCAUAGGCUUUGUGUGAUGUAUCUGCAAGAUCCUCAAGCUACGAAAAAUAUUGUCACCGAAUUGAAGUUUGUAGAUAUUGAUUACUCCAUAUUUAAAGGUAUUAAACGAGAGCCUCUUGAUGAAAUGGAUGGAAUUGAAAGGGGUUACGAACAGUAUUUGGAUCAAGAUUUCGUAUCCGAUGAAGAAACUACUUCUAAUAGUGAAGAUUCAAUGUCACAAGAUUCAAGACCGUAUAGCCUAGGCAGUGAUGGUGCAGGAGAAGGUCCUUACUUUCCAAUGCUUCCAGUACAAGCAAAGUCUGAUCCUAACACUCUUAAAAGUUUACGAAUGUUCCGUCAUAAUCUGAAGAGGGUUAGAGAUAAAGAUACUGGAGAAGGGACUCCAGAAAAAUUAUUUAAACCUGAUUCGAAUGAUUUAAAUGCUGCUGCUGCUGCUUCUGUUGAACCAGACAAUGUGGAGACCAAAGCCUCUAAGACUUUAAAUCAACUUUUGAAUGGAGUCAAUACAGAGAUUGCAGCGAUACAGUAUCCAAACACAAGCAGCUGUAUGAAUGACACGGGUGAUAUGGAUUUUCAUUCAAAAAACGUAAAGACUGCCACGUUGCCUCUACUUGGUGGGCAAGUGGCGAGGAAGGAAAACACUUUAAUCCAAGUAAACCGCAAACACCUCAGCUACUCUCCACAGGAGAAAGAAAUUCCUUCUCUGCUGAAAAUUGCGCUGCACAAGCAGGUCUGCAAAAAGAAAGUCAAAAAAGAUCUACGAGUCAAAAUACCAAACAAGUUCUCGCUGAAUGGUUUGAAAGAAAACAACAGUUGCAACAUACCCAACAGCUUAAUACAGGAGUCUCGUCUUCCUACAUCGCAGCUCAAAGUAUACAGCAGAAAGCCUCCGGAAGCCUCCAAACUAGCACUAGUAGUCAGCAUUCCUCAAAUAGAUUUCAACCAAACUCUACCAACAAACAAGCAAGGGGAUUCCAAAAUGGAUCAGCUCCAAGAAGUUCAAGCAAAUCAGUUAAUUCAGGUUCCAAAUUCAAUUCACCAGUCCAAAAACACACAAGUGCAACACACAUCGGUGAUCAAUCCAUCAAGCAAAUCUCUGGUAAAAACACAUAUUUCGAACAUGCAGACAACCAACCAGAUGCAAUUACAAAAAGAAUUAUGCAGUCAACAAAUGCUAUGUUGCAAACUGGAACAACCAGAAAAAUUACCAGCCAGCCAAGUCCAUCAUCAAGCACAGCAGACUUCAACGCCCUUAUUGAAUAUACAAUCCAAAACAGUGGACAAAUAUCUGAGAGUCAAUCUCUUUCAACACAGUUCUAUGCUGCACCAUCAGGGGCGGUCUCCGCAAAAAAUGGAAAACAGUCCAGUCAGGGAUAUGCCCAGCUUAAUUCCAAUAUCAGAAACGAGCAAAAUAAGCAGUUCCAAUCAGCUACUUGUACAUCUGAUAAAAGUAGACAUGCUUCAAGCCAAUCCAGUUACAACUCGGGAACACAAGCAGUCACAGUUGACCAAGCCACAGCAAGCACAAGUCAAGUGUUCAAUCAAUUUACAUCAACUACCACUGCAAGUGAACAGUCAAGGAAAAUUGCUGAACUUCUCCUCUCAAUGUCCCAACCCACACUCAAAACAACAGCUACAGCCAGAACAGAAAUUGCCCAACAAAGCUCAGGACAUUUUUCAAAACAGGGUACUACAGAUUCCUAUAAAGCGACUGAACAUCAAAAGCGAACCACUGGCAAAGAAACAGUUAGAGAAUUGCUCCAGUCAAUCUCCCAAAAAGGAAUUACUGUUGGAAGAACGACUAGUGCAAUUAAAACAAGUCAAUCAGGAGCAACACAGUCCCAUACCUUUGGUAACAUGCCUCAAAUCAACCAAUCAAUCCUUUCAGGCAACCAAUACACAGGCACACUCACUCAAACAGGAACCAGCAAGUCCAAUUUGCUUGCUUCAGGAGCAAAUCAAACAGGAACCAGCAAGUCCAAUUUGCUUGCUUCAGGAGCAAAUCAAGCAGGAAGCUCAACAACCCAUUUGUUCCCCAACCAGCAAUCAAAAUCUGGAACCAACCAAAUUGGAAUCCUUAAUAAACAAUUGCUCCAACCAACUAGUCAGCAAUCAAAAUCAGGAACAAAUCCAAAAGGAAACGUUUCAACCAAUUUGCUCCAAACUGCUAACUUGCAAACAAAAUCAGGAGUCAAUCAAAGAAUUGCCACAGCCUCAACUAAAUUUAGUACAGUCUUCCAAUCUGGAACAGCAACACAAUCAUUUGGCCAGUACGGAAAAACAACUUCUACAAUGCAGCAAAGUGCCCAGUCCCCUAUUUCAAGAACAUACACUUCCACUAUACAGUCAACAUCAGGAAAAACUGUCAGUCAGCAAAGAAAGUUGUCAGCCGAUCAAACACAACCAGUGUUCUCCCAGCAAGCACCAAAACCCAACAUCUCAGUCAUUGCAAAUCCAAACACAAAGCAAGGUCAUGGAAGUAAAUCAACUCAAAGUAUCAAUCAGCAGGAGCUCAUUGCACAACAGCUUUUGCAAUUUGCCCAAAGCUCCCAAUCUUUGUCCCAAUUUAGACAGGUUGUUGACUUCACAGCCCAACCAAAUCAAUCUUCAAAUGCCCAAGCACAAGCCAGACGAUCAUACGGAAUUGGUGGAUCCCAAACAAAAAAUACCACCACAAAAUCCAACAUUUCAGACGUCUCUGGUUACAGAAAUCCAGACACCAACAAAGUUGGACAAACCACUCAGGGAGUCAGUGUUAGUCAGUCUCGACAAUCCACAAGUCAAAUUGGACAAGCCAUUACUGCUUCCUCACCAACAGCCUCAACAAAUAGGCAAUACCAGAAUCUCCCAGACCUUGAUCAAACUCGAAACCAAGGAGGAUUAUCAGAUGCAGAGGAGUUCUUACAAUUUCUCGAAUACUACAAACAAAAAUGAUGACGUUGAAGUUACAGUUGACAGUGACUCUAAUGAAGCUGACUUAAUGUGCAAUAAUAAAAGCAACUGUAAGACUAACGGUGAUGAAACUGUAAACAUUAAAAGCAAUGAUGGAAAUAAUAAUGAAAAUGUUGAAAAUUUAAAUUCCGUGGAAAGUGCUCAAGUUAAGCCUGUUUCAAUUUAUUCAGAUUUCGAACUUUUUUCAGAUUUAUUUGAAACGCAUCCAGACGAUUUAUUUUAUCAUAAUGGUGAUAAUUUGAUUUCAGUUAAAUGUGAGAAUGAAUGUAGAGAAAAUAAUGAUCCAGAAGAAGUAUUACCAAAGAAUAUAAAUUUGACUGAAAACAUUAGAACUUACACAAAGAAAUCAAAAAGAAAACUUGAAGAAUAUAAAGACUGUGUUAAAACACUGACUGGUGUUAAUGUAUUAGAUGUUUGUAAAAAUGUAAAUAUUAUAAAUAGUACUGAAAAAUUACAUUCCAAUGUACAAAAUUCCCCGACCAAAACUAAAGAGUUGAAAGUUAUUUUGUGUCGUCUGCCCUCAAAUAAAAAAAAUGAUGGAAAGUGCACAUCAAAUAAGGAAGAAAAUCCUAGUAUCAAACAAAAAUGUGAUAGAGGAAAGACUCCUCCAAAAUAUUCUAGAAGGCGUAAGAGUUUGGAUAAGUCUGAAAAUAAAGUCGGAAAAGCACCAAAUCUAGUACAAAGCCACAAUUUUUCACCGCUACAAGACGUCAACUUAAGGGUUAAUUCCCAAUUGAAUACAAAAGUUUGUUGUGAUCUCAACAAACCAGAUGUAGUAGAUGAAAAUAAAACCGAUUGCUUAUGUUCUGUAAAAGUCUCUGAUAAUAGAAAAUCGCCAGAUAACACGACUCCGGUUAUCAAAAAGACUUAUCUUAAAUCAGUUUUAUCCAACAUUCCGGGACUUAACGAUUUUCAAAUGAUCAGACCCAUGAGUGUACCCCAGGUGGUAAAUGUCGUGCAAGUUUCUGGAGGAAGAGGAACACAAACGGUCUCGAUUCAGAAUUCGCAAACCAGCACUCAAGUAACGCCUCAUAUCCAACGGAUAGGACAGCCCAGGGUUGUCGAGCAAAAACCGGAGCAUUCAAAUUCCAUUACUUCUACAACUCAAACAUCAUCUACCACAAGUGCUACUUCGAGAACGACUUCUACUCAACCGUCUACGUUGAUCAACAUACUCUCACAGCAGAUUAUUAGACCUGUUGGUAACGCAACAAACGCAGUCCGUCGACAAGGGCCGCUUAUCAACAUUCUGUCGCAGCAAAUCGUCAGGCCGUCGGUCACUGCCAAAGCUGUCGUCCACAGCACCGCUAACAACACUCCAACAACGAUAGAAGCUAAUCAGGUAAAGGUGGCAGUCAGUACCGAACAGACAAUACUGAACAGCACUCUUAAAACCACAAACGCUGUUGUUAAAAAUACAAACACUGUUCCCGCCGGACAAGGUGGUACUAUCCUUCAAUUCAUUUGCAAAUCUUCCUUGCCCAAGUUCCAACAAGCUUUUGGCAAAACAGUUUACCAAAGUAGCACUGAAUCUGCUGAUUCACCAACAACUACAGUUGAAGUAGCAAACAGCGCUGUAACCGAAGUCAAGAAAACUGUUACAACAAAAACUGUUCCUGUUAAUUUGCAACCUAUCCCGGGUAGCGUAAUCUAUAGUAGACAGCUCCCUGCUGGGCAGGCUAUCAGCUUGUUGCCGCCUGGUACUGCUACAACUCGUCAGGUUUUUCGCAUUGCUACUUCCAAUGCCGAACAACUUGGUCUAGUUAAAGAUAGCGUUAUACACAGUAAAAUGAGUGCACUUUUAGCAGCGGCAUUGCAAGGUAGGCCUAAAAAUGCUGAUGGUGAAAUCAUUCUAAACAGUGACGAAAUCAAAGGAACUGUCGUUCGACCUACACUCGUCCAAGGUGCCAGACUUGUAAAACCUGUUCAAUUGCAAAUGGCUACAAACGUUGUAAGGGCCAAUCCUCAGCAACCAAAUUUGAGCUCGACCACUUUGGAACAAUUACGAGAAUUCGACAUGGUCUAUAAACAAAUCAAAGAAAGAAGCACCACUAGCAUUUCCGAAACGUGCACUAAUGCUGAAGGUCAAGAAGGUGUUCCACAAAGAAUUAGUGUAACAUACGUCAAUCAAUUGCAAAAAUAUACCCAGUUAUCUCCAGUCGUUGUUGUAACUUCAUACAGUAGUCUACAACCUGCAGCAUCGCCUGCUUUGAGUGUAACUUCCCAAGGAAGUUCGAGUCCUUGCGUAACGCCUGCUUCGACGCCUACUUCAACGCCUACCUUGCCAAAACUAGCCACCAAAAACUCAAAAGGCAAAACCAUAAAAACGACCACUACAAACAACUCGCAAACGAAAUCUUCACCUAUACCAAAACCUCAGCAAAAGCCUCAAGAAGAUGAGCACACGACACAAAGAAUAUUUGAUAUACUAGCUGAGUACGCGGAACAAUUAAGAAAUUCUCCUGAUCUUAACAAUAAACCAGCACCAAGGAGGAGAUCAAACCCGCCUACAAACCCAAGUCAAAAUUCUAAACGGAAAAAGAGCUCGUCUGGUGCUAAGAAAUCUGGCCAGUCUAGUAGCACACUUGAUAUGGAUACUGAUGAUAUGACGAUUGGCAGUGAAGACAGUUCUGGAGGUGGUGUUGUUCAACUUUCAGUAACGGACGAUGAACAAUCCCAAGCCUCUACCUCGGUCAAUACAACUGAAUCGAGCAAUGAGAACCCCAGUCCACCUAACACAAGACCUGUUAUCUUGGCGGAAGGUGGUCCCUGCACUAACCAAUCCAGGAAUCUAAUCAUCGCCGAUUCAAGCGUUGGAGAAGCUUUAAAGAUCCCGAAUACAGCAGUGAUUGUCCCAGGCAGUUACAUAAUGCCAGUGUCGAUGGUGAAAGGUAAGCGCAGACCUUUGAUUAUUAGAAUGUUGUUAAUUUAUCGUAAGAGAACUGUAGAACAUGUAUCAUAUUUAGAUCAAUUUUAAUUUUUUUUUCUUUUGUGUGACACUUUGUACUAUAAUCAUAUACAAGAUGUCCUAAAAUGAAGUUCGUAAGUUAGGGUAUCAUUGAAAUAUUUUCGUACUGGAUACCUAGUGACAAUGAGACCCGGGCCACGUUAAUCAAUUUCAUUUAUGACGCGAUUUGGAUCAAAUUUCGGACAAACCUAUUAGACAUAAUUUCGAAUUGACACUUAUACUUAAACAAAAUGGGUGACUUCUGGUUUCAUCGAAAGUGUAAAGUUUGAUUUAAAUCGUAUUUAUACGAUUUUUUAACUCUGUACGAUGUAUGAUUGCAUCAGUGAGAUCGUACGUAAAAAUACGAUUUUCACUUUUUUCGUAGGUUUAUUUAAAUACCUGCACAACUUCAGAACAUAAAAGAAUAAAAAUCAAAAACUACUUGCAAAGAUUCAUAGGCCGUUCGUAAUUUCUGAAGACCAGUCAGUUUCGUUCUCACUUAUUGUGAUUUUGUACCAACACAGACUAUCACAGCAUAAGAAAAGCUUGCAUGCAAAAUUUCAAUCACUUUCAAGUGACAGUCAUUGAUUACUUUAAAAAUGUUAAAAGUUUUGCGUAUUUUUUUUUUAUUUUUUCAUUCCAUUUAAGUUAUAUUAUGCUAUACAUGUACCUAUUGUACGAUUUUUUUUUUUUUUUUUUGAAAUACCAUUUUUCUACUCUAUUUGUACGAUCUCUCAAAAAAAUAUUUGGCAACACUGGUCUGUCUACAAACGACGUAUACCUUUAGUUAACAUCUGAGACGCCUAGAUGGCGCCAUCGUUUCUGCGGUCGUAGCAUUUCCUAUCUUUAUGACCCUAAUCUCUAUACAUGACGGUACUGCCAAAUUUUCCUUUUCCCAACAAAUUUUAUUUUUAUUUUUUGAGGUAGAAGGCCAUAAACUUGAAAAUAUUGUUCUAAUAGCCUCGAUUUACUUGAAAGAGAACCUGUUUAACUAAUUGAGUUUUUAUCCAAAAUUUCGCCUCUAGAUGAAAAUUUUUGUGCACCCUGCAUCACUUGAACAUUAUUUUCCAGUUCAUGGCCUUCUACGUGUUCAGUAAAGAAUGGGACAAACUUCAGAUGUAGUUAGUUUUGAUAAAAAUAAGUUCAUUUGUUUUAGAAGUUACAGAGUGGACAAAAUAAUUUUUCCAAUAAUUUUUUGAUUAAAUAUACCCAAAUUGGGUAUAAACAAGUUUUUUUGUGUGAUACAAACGAAUACCAGCUUGUUUGUUACAUUACAUGUACAGGGCGUUCUAAACUGGUGUGCCAAUAUAGUAUUUACUUCAGAUUUUUUUAAGAAUUGUCAUUUUUAAAAAAUAAAUAAUUAUUUUGAAAAAGCAUUCAAUUUGCUUUAAAAAAAUAUAUUGUUGCAUGUCAUUUCAGGAAAAACUUAAUUUGAAAUAAUUUUAUUUCCCUGAAAUGAUGAUGCAAGUAUACCCUUUUUAAAGAAAAUUUAAUGAUUUUUUAAAAUAAUUCAUUUUUUUUUAAUUUAGAUUCUAAAAAAAAUUGAAGUACUAUAAUGGCACACCAGUUUAAAACGGCCUGUACAUGUAAAGUAAUGUAUCACCCAAAAACACCUUUACAAAUUUUGGUUAUAUUUAUUCAAUAAUUAAUUGAAUUAUCAAAAAUUUUUCUCCUACCUGUAAGUUCUUCAGCAAACACAAUUGUAUAAAGGUAAAUUGACUUAGUUUUAUCAAAACUAACUAUAUUUGAAGUAUAGUCCAUUAUUUACCGAAUACCCUGUAUAUAAUAUAAAAAAAAAUAUUUGAGAAAAAUGAAAACUUGGCAAAACUGUCAUAAUAUGUAGUUUGGCCCGUAGAUUAAAAAAAAAAACAAAAAAUAUACAGGGUGGUGAUUUACUUAAAAAAACAAAGUUAAUGGCAUUUCCAGUUAAACUGAAAGUCAGUCAUUUUGUUUAACUCUGUCAAUUCGAAAUUGUCUACUAGGUUUGUUCCAAAUUUGAUGUGUCCAUAGUCUUAUUGUCACUCAAUAUAAACCUAUAUACUAUAAAAAACUUCACAGCGAGUAAGUCAAUUUUAAAUUUAUUUAACUAUCAUUGUUAAUACUACACUUUUGACUUACUAGGAUACUUAAACUUUUACCUGUUUUUUAAAUGGUUUUUUUAGUGCAAACUAUUUAGGACAUGUUGUAUGUAAAUAUUGUUUUUUUCUUCGUUUUUGAGUUUAUUUUAAUUUUUUGUUAUUGUUUAAAGUACUAUUCAGGCAUACAACUUUGACUACAGCUUACUGUUGAUAAGAAUAUUGUCAGAUUUUUGUUUGUGCUUUAGGAUAUGUUUCCUAUAUAUCUAAGGAUCUUGCUUUACUAGCUUUUCUCUAACAUUUACCAACAUGCAAUUAUAAAUUAUCUCAAAAUAUAUUUAUUGUUUGCAUAUUUUGAAUCAUUGAUGAGAGGAAUUAAUUAUUUCCGUACACUGUUGGAAAUAUCUUGUUAGCAAGGUCGAUACUUUAGUUUAGUAUUGCAUGUGUCAAUGCCUACAUGUAUCCUUUUAAUAUAUUGCUUUCUAUAGUAUGCGCAAUUGCUUUAAAGCGAAAGAGUCACUGAAAUCAUCGUUUGUCUUAAACUACCGUCUCAUUGUCAAAAAACAAAUAAAAGGUGCUAUCCAGAAUUUAAUCACCUCCUCAAGAUUCAUACAUUAGGAAGACUGGAUCUUUCAAGGGUUUUAAUAAUUCUGGAUCUUCUCUUAUUUACUAACCUAAUCCAUUGUGUGGUACAAAUGAAAGAGUCUGAAUAUAUACAAUAGCGCUUCAAGUCAAGUUGCUAUUUUUGCCUUUCUAAGCACCUUUCCAGUUAAGUUCGUGGUGUAGGGUAAUUUCUAGAUAUAUUAGAUUUGUCUAAGAAAAUUAAGCUAAGUGCCAUUCAGUUUGGGAGCUUUGAGAUUGAGCUCAUUGAGCCUCCAGCGUUUUGAAAAUAGUACCAAGUCUCGGCCCAUUGAGCUAUUAUCUUUUGUGAUAUCUCUUAAUAUGGUAAGGUGCUGAAGCUUUUUUGACUUAGGGACUCUAUUUUGAGCAAAGGAUUGUGGAGGUUUUAGUGAUAGCAAAAUAUUUGGUCUUUAACGUGAAAAAUGCGAUGAAUGGGAACAUUUUGGAUAGUACCAAUGCUAGUAGAAUUAUAUUAAAACAAAAAAGUAUGCUGACAUUGAAACAAAUAGGCUCUGCGUUUUUAAUGCGUUUUGAAAUGAUACGAAGUAUAAAAUUAGAUAUCCAGAUCUUUUUGUUUUUUUUUUUUUCUUUCUUAAAUACGUACCAAGGAAUAAAAAUUGAAUUUCGAUUAAAGAAAUCUAAUUUAAUUUACAAUCUUUCAACUUAUCAAGAAUGUACAUAUAUUUACGGAUAUUACAAAUUUGUACAUAUAUGUAGAAGUUAUAAAAUUUAAGUUACUAACUAGUAUUAUUUCAAAGUAGAUGUCUUGAACAUCAAUUUAAAUUGACGGGGUAUAAUUUAUUCUAACUGUAUAGUUUGUUUUGACACACAGGGUCUUUCAAAACGAGGUUUCAAAAGUUCUACUUCCUAUCAAAGACUUAGAAAAUCAUGACAUUUUAAAAUUAAUUCGUUUUUUGAAUCAUCGUUUAACUAUCACUCUUUUUGAUAGGAAGAGGGACAACAACCUUGCUUUAUGACCUUGUAAAUUAUAUACAGUAAAUUAAGGGAAUUAUAUUUGAUUAUUUAAUUACUGAAUAUAUUUAAAACGAUUAUUUGUAUUUUUUUCGAAUAUAAUUAAUAACUUCAGCGAGUAUACAGGGUGUGAAUUAAACAGUUUCAUCUCAAAUAAUCUUUAAUAAACAGUAUUAAUGGUUGCUCACUUUGUACUAUCAACUUGCUUGACAUUGAAAGUUAUGUAUCAUGUAGUUGAAAAGAUAAUCUUAUGAGAAAUACACUCUUUUACAUAUUUAUUUUUAUCUUUGAUUCCUUGGUCCUAACCGCAAAGAGGGUGCUCAGUUGUUUCGAGUCAUGCAAUCUAGGCGAUCGAUUGAAAUCUAAUAAAACUUUCGUUUUAUGAUUUUUUGGCAUGUGGUCUUUAAAUGGACAAACUGCAUUUUAAACUAGAUCAAUCUCAAUUGGUCUAGAUCUAGAUAAACGAAUAGGGUGGACUUUUGACAACUGCUAUAGGUAAAAAUGUCUAAAUUUAAUAACACCUCCAAGCGAUACAGCCACUGGUAAAAUCAAACCUUUGGUCCUGCUUUGCGUGUGUUGUAGUAAAUAUUAAAUAACAUUCACAUGUGCAGGAUAGGAAAGGAUGUGAUAUUGAUAUAAGUAGCGGUGUAUCGACCCUUGACUUGACCUGUGAAUGGCAGUAUUGAUAAUGUAUUUUCUUUGUCUGCAUAUAUGAGCACCAUUUAAAAUUCACUGUUAACAAAAGCAAAUCAGGACUGAAGAUUUGAUCUUGCCAAUACUGUAUAAAAAAUUAAUAUAUUCCUGUAUUAAAAAAAAAAGAUUUAUUCAGUGAUUAGUUGCUUUUUGAGAUUUUGAGUUUCGGUAAUAAAACCUACGUUGAAAUAAUCAGCCAGGAAGUGCAUAUUUAUUUUUGCGCCAGUUUAGUUCUAUCGGAUUUUGUAAGGUGGUUUAGACCUAAAGCGACAUAAUGUCUGUUGGUUGUCAAUAGUGACAGGGUUUGAAGUAGCAUCCUUUGCAAAUUUGCUUCUAAAGGGGCAUGUUUUGCUUUGUUACUUGAAAUAUUUUUUAAAUAUAUUCCAAAAAAGAACUAUUUUAAAAUAAUACUUAAUUUUAAUCGACACAUUUCGUAUUGAUACAUAUUCUUUUUUUUACCAACAGUAGAGAGAUUAAAAGACUAUGAUAACAGGGGGCAAGAUCGUAGUGUUGAAUGUUAAAGAAAUUAUAAAAUUUGAUAAAACUUAGUUUAGAUCAGAACCUGUAAAAAGAAUACCACUAUUAUUACAUAACGUGUAGGACAUUUUUGAGCAAUCAAUACUGAAAUCGUUGAGCAAAAAGUAUAUCUGGAUUGGCAUCAUUGCCGAUAAUUUAAAAUUAUUUUAUUUGAAAUCUGUUAAAUUGACACCAUUGAAAGUUUUUUAAAACUGAAUGGAGACAAUUACAGAGUAUACUAUUACGAAUGAUUUUUUGUGUGUAAUAAGUUGAUUUUUGCGAGUUUCUUCGAAAACACCAACAGGAAUAAAGGAAGUUGGAUGUUUUUCUUUUGAACAACGUGUACAUAACUACUUAUUGUAUUAUUU